AUGAAUACUUUAACUCAAAUUGAACGAGGUAAGUUUUGUUAUAUUGUUUUUAUUGGUUUAGGUAUUAAUUUUGAAAAGAGAGUAAGAUUUUCGGUUUUUUGGUAACACUAAAUUUUAGUUUAAACGCACGAUUUUUUAUACAGGAGUUUAAAUCUUUUUAAAAUUAGUUAUGAAAAAUUUUUCCAUUUUAAUUAAACUUAUAUUAUUUGUGUUUUUCUGAAUUUUCAAGACAUUUGGGCAUAUACCUUGUGCCUAACAAGUAAAUUACUGUUGGAAAAAUUAUUUUUCGAAGUAUUUUGUGUAUAAUAUAUUUUUUAUUGAAUGCAAAGGUUUUUCUUAAUGAAUAUUACAUCCUUAAAGCUCUUCAAAGCUCAAAUUUGUCUGAUCAACUAUCAGCAAUAGCAGAAUGUCCAAAAGCUAUCAGGGAGAACCCAUUUCCCUUAUUCGUCAAUGCUCUUCUACUACGUUUGGCCGACGCUUUCAAUGGCGAAAAGUUGGUCAAAAUGGAUCAUCCGUUGAAUUUGAUUCGACUGAGAAUUGUCAAAUUGUUAAAAGAAUGUGGAGUCGACUUGGCAGUGGUAUUUUCGAGAGAUGAGAUUGUUAGAAAAGUAAUGAAAGUCAGUCAUUCUAAUGACUACAAGAGUCGAGCUUUAACGAUGUUGUUCUUUGCUGCUGCUGCUCCUAUUGUGCAUUCUAACAAAAAGGUACGGUUUUUUGAUUGUUUGUUGGAUUUUAGGUAAUGGUAUAUGAAACAUGGGAUUUUUAUGGAAGGAUCGAAAGUUUAGGCAUCUAUUAGGUUAAACCAAAAGUAGCUGGACACUUUUUCGUCGAAAAAUAAAUGGAAACUGUCCCGUUACUUUUGGUUCAAUCUAAUAUGUGUACAUUAUGACACUUAUUUAGGAAAAAUUUGUAGUUUGGGUAACAAAGUUAGCAAAAAAGAUGUUUUAGGUACAUCACUUACUGGUAGAAGGAGCAGAUUGUACUGAUCUCACUGAACUCACAGCUGCCAUAGUGUCUGUUGGGCAUCUUGGCAAAUUUUCAGCGUAAGUUUAGGGUUAUAAAGAAAGUUUUAGUAUUAAAAUUAAUAAAUUUGAAUUUAAAAGAGAUUUUUUUAGUGAAUUUUCGUCGCUAAUUGUGGACAAGAUAGGUGACAUGGUGGCAGAAACUCAAACCGAAGAGAAUCUAAAAGUUCGUCUAAUGGAUGAUUUGUCAUUGUUUCAAGAGAAUAUUGUAGUAACCAGACAAUGUAUGGAGUUGGGUCGAUCUCUACUUCACAAUAAUCCGGAUAAGAAAGUCAGCUUGGUGGUGUUAAACGCAUUGACAGAGCUGGCUGUCAGAAAUGGAUUGGCUCUCAAUGAACAGGUAUGAUUUUUAGAUGAUUAGGCAUUGGAAACGAGGAAGUAAUUGUUUUACAACACCUAAAAUGGUAACAAUUUUCUUUACAAAGCAGAAUUUUUUAAAAAUGACUGUUUCAGAUAGACCUAUUACUAUCAGAAAUGCCCAACUUUAUCAAGGGUCGUCGAUUUACAAUGUCAUUUAUGGCCAAUUUGACUAGGCUAGCUGAAUAUCCACAACAUUGGACGACAGAACAAGUCGUGACGAUAAGAGAUGUGCUGACAACGUUGGUCGCUUCUGGAUUCUACGAAAGUAUAACGUUAUGGUUGGAUUGUAUGACACUGCUGUCACAUAGGAUUCAUACUGAUGUUACUGGGGGUAAGUGGAAGAUGGGUUAAGAAUUUUUUUUGGUGUUCGGGGUAAGGGGGGGGGGGGAAGGUGGAAUUUUUGGGUUUGGAGAGAGGGUCAAGUGAGUUUUUUAUAAUAGAUGUAGGGGGGGGGGCAUGAGUCAAAAAUUUUUUUGCAGUUCACGGCACGGUCACAUUCUAAAUGAUCAUUUUUUCAUUUCAGAAGUCAUUCCAAACCUCCUGGAGCUUCUGAGCAAUGAAAAAUUCUUAAUUCGCCUACGAACAGUCCAAUUGUUACUGGAUUUGUCCGCCAAACCUCCGCGAAAGUUUGAAGAAUUUAUUAAAGGCAUUAAGCCCUUAAUUGGAACUACAUUACUUCAUAUUAUUAACGAAUUGAAUGAAAAACCUUUAAUCGUGUCACAGAGGGAAAAAGCACGAUACUACAGGAAUAUAAUCAAGUUAUUGAGGAAUGGCACUUGUUCGAGUUAUUUUGUUGAAGACGACAGUGUUAUUGAUCUGUUUAAGGAGGUGGGUAUGGGCAACUUUUAGGGUUUUUUAUGAAGGUUUUGUGUUAGAAGUCAAGAUUUUGUUGGAUUUUUCAUUGGAAAUGAGGAUUUUUAAAUUUUCUUUAAUGAAAAUGAAACUUUUUUUAGAAAUCUAAUUUUUGGCCGAUAAUUCAUACCUUCAGGGUUCCAAUUCCUACGAAAAACCCCACUCAUUAUUGGUGUUAGAAGCCUUGAAUGCCAUUGUAGAUGCAAUUCCAUGGAAGGCCAAAUCACUAAACGAAUGGGCCUUAUCACGUCUGAAAACGGUACCAAAUGGACAACUUAACCAACAGUCAGACUUCAUCUUCAACCUAGCUCUAUUACCAGUCAAAGAAAACAAAGAAAAGUUGGUGGAACUGGUGGAACGAGUGACAGCUGAGAUUAAACAAGAUAACUUGGCUUAUUUUGCGUAUAAAUUUGCGAGGAAUGGCUUUAGGUACGGCGGCUGGUCGGCUGUGGCGUUCCCUGCGUUGGAGGUUAUUCAGGAUAGGGUAUGGCGUUUUAGUGAAUACUGAUUUGAAAUAUGGGUUUAAACUGAAGAUUUUUUGAAGGUUAACAGAAUUUUUAAAUUUGUUUUUAAGGUUAUAUGUUAAUUUAGUGUCAAACGGUGGAAACGUCGGCUUUCUUGGCGGCCAUAACUAUUAUCGCCGGUGCGCAACUACCACAAAAUGUCAACUCCCAAGCUUUGAGGAGCUCUAGGCAAUCUUUAAAUCAUGCACUUUUAUUACUUUUGGUAUGUUUUUGAAUUUUCAAAUUUUUUAAAAUUUUUUAAUAAUGAUUUUUUGAUUAGGUUGAACCAAAAGUAGUGGGACACCUUUUAGUUGAAAAAUAAAUUCAAAGUGUCUCCUACUUUUAGUUCAACUUAAUAAUUUUGCGUAAAAAGUUAGGUUUUUUUGAUUUUUUAAAAUUAUUUUUAGCCCCUAGCCAAGAAUUCUCCAAAUUCUCACAAUUUCACAUUCCCAGUAGCCUUUAUCAAAGGCAUUUCGCAACUAUUCGAAGCUACGAAUACUGUAUUUGUAUUCAUGAAUAUCUUGCUGGAUAGUGACCCAUUAGCGUUCGGACCUGCUCAUAUGGAAUAUGUGGUACCUGAUGUGAGGUUUUUUUUAACUUUAAAAGGUUUUUUAAAUUUUUUAAAAAUUUUUGAAAAUUUUUAAAAAUUUAAAAAAAAUUAAACUUUAUUGCAUUUUUGGUACGAAUAGCUUAACAAUUACCUUACUUUAGAUUCAACAAGCUCGAGAAGAAUUUGAAAACGUUCGUGAACAUUGGAGGCAGCUACAACAACGUUCGUUUGAUGCCGAUCCUCAUACAUUAUGUCAGUUGGAGUUACUGGCAAGACAUGCUCAAAUAUGUGAAAUGCUUCUGGAUCGAUUAUACACAGUUGAAUUGACGUAAGAAUGAAAAUAGUACUUAUUAUCAGUAUAAAAUUUUGAAAUUUUGUGAUUUUUAAGUCAAAAAUUCCAAAAAAUGGCUAUUUCUGAUAAAAAAUCUUCAUUUUUCAUGCAAUACCUCAAUGAUAAGCUUUAAAUUUUCAGACCAAUUGAUCUCUUCCCAAAAAGUGCUGAAAAUGUCACGAAUGCAAAACUAGAUCAAGUACUAGAAUGGGCAAUAACACAAGGUAAUCAAUGUCUGGUGCCGGUCACAGGAACAAUAUCUGAACGGUUGAAUGCUUGGAAAUCGGUAAGGAAAUGUAUAAAAUAUUGGUUUAAGUGAGGCAAAAGAGCUAUCUUUGUAUGUCAAAUGAAUUUUUUAAUAUGAAAAUGACGUUUUUUCAAGUGGAAGUUAGGUGGAAGAUUUUCAAUGUAAUUUGCACUGAAAAUCUGCCACUCAACUUUCAUUUUUAAAAAAUUUUAAAUUACUUAAAAAAUGAUUUUUCAGAAUCUCCAAGUCUUCAAUGACAUUUUCCACCAUCUAGCGAACCCUUUUCUGUCAUUACCACGCUUUUUCUUCCAACAGUUAUGGAGAACUUCGAUCCGUGUCAACAUACUACCGCAACCUCGUGAGCACGAAUCCUAUCUUCAACUCACUUCAAGACAACUUCCACUAACUGUAGAAGGUGUUAUCGAGUCAAAUAACCCGAAGGGCAUUGAAUCUGUUUAUAUUUCGGUGUUUGUGAAGUCGGACAAAGCGGUCGAUAACUUUCUGGUUGAUAAAAGGAAGGUCAAUGUGAAUAAGGACACGUAUUUUAAAGAACGCUUCUUGUUGACUAUCAAAAAGGUAAGUUUUUAAAGGUUUUUGCGGUUGGAAAGAAAGUUUUUGAUGAUUUUUGGGAUUGUGUUAGGUGCCGACAUAAAGAACCCGCCAUUUUUUACAGGAAAUCACAGGAAAAGUAUGGCGGGUUUUUUAUGUCGGCACCUUAUAAAGGAUGUUUUUGAGGGUUUCUUGGGAUGAAAACGAAGUUUUUUGUUUGAAAAUUGAAUGCCUUUCAGCUAACUGAAAUCACGGUGAAAUUGCAAUUCACAGAUGCCAGCCACGACGUUAAGAAGCUUUGGAUAGCUGAAAAUGAAGAAAAAUUGUUGGUCAGCAUACCCGAGAGAAAAGAAGAUUUUUAA